CUCAGCUCAGAGACUGCGGCUGCUGACCUAAAGAUUCCAGCAGGAAACUCCGAGGGUGAAAGACACACAGCACAGUGGUGGAAGCUGACGGGCAGGGCAGCCAGUAGCACCAUGUCUGUGACCCACGGGAAGAUGGGACUCUCCUUAACUCAGGAGAUCCUCAGUCACCUGGGCCUUGCCAACAAGACUGCAGCUUGGGGCACCCUGGGCACCCUCAGAACCUUCUUGAGCUUCAAUGUGGACAAGGAUGUACAGAGGCUGCUGAAGGCGAUAGCAGGGCAAGGUGUGGACCGUAUUGCCAUUCUGGACGUACUGACCAACCGGAGCCGAGAGCAAAGGCAGCUCAUCUCUCGAGCCUUCCAUGAACGCACCCAGCAGGACCUACUGAAGUCCUUGCAGGCAGCACUCUCUGGCAACCUGGAGAGGAUCGUGCUUGCUCUGCUGCAGCCCACAGCCCAUCUCGAUGCCCGGGAACUGAGGACAGCCUUGAAGGGCCCUGGUUCUGCUGAAGAUGUGGCCUUGGAAAUUCUUGCCACCCGAACCCCACCGCAGCUGCAGGAGUGCCUGGCAGUCUACAAACACAAUUUCCAAGUGGACGCUGCAGAGGACAUCAAGUCUGAGACCAGGGGCAUUUUGCGGGACUUGCUCCUGGCCCUGGCCAAGGGGGGCCGCGAGGCCUACACUGGAAUUAUUGACUAUAACCUGGCUGCACAGGACGUCCAGGCAUUAAAGCAGGCCGAAGGACCCAGCACAGAGAGGACGUGGGUCCUUGUCUUCACCCAGCGCAAUCCUGAACACCUCAUCCGAGUGUUGAACCAGUAUCAGUGGUACACGGGGCAUGAGUUGGAGAAGACUGUCCGGGCCCGUUUCCAUGGAGCCGCCUGUGUGGCUCUGCUCAACCUAGCCUUGGUGAUUCGGAACACACCCCUGUACUUUGCUGAUAAACUUCAUCAAGCCCUCCAGGAGACUGAACCCAAUUACCAAGCACUGAUGCGCAUCCUUAUUUCUCGAAGUGAGACUGAUCUUCUAAGUAUCCGAGCCGAGUUCAGAAAGAAAUUUGGCAAGUCCCUCUACUCUUCCCUCCAGGAUGCAGUGAAAGGGGACUGCCGGUCAGCCCUACUAGCCCUGUGCAGGGCGGAAGACCUUUGAGACCUCAUCCCCGCAUGACGCUCAAGGAUCUGAGAUUCUCUUGUUUGGCUGAGCCUGCAGGAGACCAGCUGGGCCUCCAAAUAAGAUGACCCCUCACUGAGCACCACAUGUUCCAGCUUCUUGUUGAGGCCAGAACUCAAAGUUUCUUUUAAAUUCCUUCACUUCUCUCAUCUCAAAGUGAUGUCUGCACCUGGGUCCCCUAGCUCUGU